CAACGUGCAGUGUCGUCAGCAAAAGAUAUUAAAACUGAAUGUCAAAUAAAUAAUAAAUUGAUUGAGAAUUCUAUUAACAAUAUAUCAGUUUUCCAGAAUGGCUGUUGUGAGCAUUGGCUAUACUUCGACAAAUGGAUAUGAGAAUGACUUGGAUGGGUUUCCUUACUCGCAGUUUGUGAAGAACCUCUAUAGAAUGAGGCGGGAGCAGCAGCAGCGCGAAGAUGCUACGCCAAUGAGACCUCAGUACAGGCGACCAAGAAUGCGACCACGCAUAAUACGCAUGGAACGACGCUGCAACGAUCCGCUGUAUUCGCCGUUUGAGGCUUUUUGUCUGCUCCUCAAAUCCUUACAUCCAAAAUAUCAUUUCGAAUUCUAUUGCUUUCUGUGGGUUCCAGCUGCGUUCGCUAUUUUGGCUUAUCUCACUUUUUUGAAUUGCUAUUGAAAAUUGCAUUGUAUCAAUUGGUGUUGUAUUAUCACACAA